GCCUGUCAUUGACAAACAUGGCGGCCUCCUCCACCGGUGCUGCUGACUCUCCGGCUUCAGCCUCGGCUGGACCGAGUCUGGACGACCAGAGCCUUCAGUACAGUAUGAUUCUGGAUCAUUUGAUCGGGGACAAGCGGCCCGUGAAGGAGCUGAGCCCCGGCGUUAUGGGUGGACUGCCGGUGCCGGUGAAGACCGAGGAGCAGAAGAUGAUCGAGAGAGGAAUGGAGAGCUGCGCCUUCAAGGCUGCUCUGGCCUGUGUGGGAGGGUUUGUUCUCGGAGGAGCUUUUGGUGUUUUCACCGCUGGCAUCGAUACCAACGUUGGCUUCGACCCCAAAGACCCGCUGAAGACACCGACGGCUCGAGAAGUCCUCCGAGACAUGGGCCAGAGAGGGAUGUCCUACGCCAAGAACUUUGCCAUCGUGGGCGCCAUGUUCUCAUGCAUCACCCCCAGGGCAAAAGUGAGCCCCGCCUAUGGCCCUAUGUCAGCUCGAAUUGGCUCCAGCGACCGCCGCGACCCUCAUGUGGAGGAUAAAGUGGACGACGAAUAA